GGAGGUGAAGUGGCGAGGUAAUGGAAUAUCGGUGUUUUUAUCGCUAACAUGAAAGGUACAGGUGUGUAUCGAUUUUCUCCCAUUGGUGCAACAUUUGCAAAGAAGGAAAAAGCAAUGAUCAAAGUUAUAUUUAGUUGCACUAUGGAGUUAAAAUGAGGAGUCCUCUUGGGCUCAGAGAGAAAGAGAAAAUUUUACAAAGAGCCAUCAAAUCAUGUCAGAGCUUCUUAAAUCUGCGUGGUUUGCACAUCGUCAGCAUACCUCAAGAAAUCUUUGCCAGGCCUCUGAUUGAAAACUUGAAAGUCUUAGAACUAAGUUUUAAUGGCCUCCAUUCACUUCCCAGUUGUAUCAGCCAACUGGUCUGUUUGGAGGAACUGUACCUUGGACAUAAUGACUUAAAGGUUUUGCCAAAAGAACUAGGGGAUCUUCCAGCCUUGACAAGACUAGAUAUGGUACAUAAUGGUCUUCAAGAAGUCCCAUUUUGCAUUUCAAACUUGAGAACUCUAGAGUGGCUUAAUCUGGCCGGGAACCUGGUGGAAAUCAUACCAUUAUGGCUGCUCCUCUUACCAAACCUUCAGCAUUUGCACCUUGUUCAUAACUUGAUUGAAAACAUCCCCAAGGAUUGUUACCUUCAAGGGAUAGAUUGCAUGCGCAAUUACUUUAGAUUGCCUUCCAUUAGAGAUACUAGUAAUAAGAAUUGCAACACAAAUUUAAUGCUAUUAUCUCCAAGGAGAAAAUGUUUGACAAGACCAAAGCUAUGCUCAAAUACUUUGGACAGACCACUUUUGUUGUUUAAAGAUGAACCUGGAUUUAAAAAGUCAGUCUGUGAGCAGACCUCUCCUAGUUCAAGUUUUUCACAAAUUAAAGAUGAUUCAAUGAUUUCUGCAUCUUCACCUGUGGAAACUUCACCAGAUAAAUACAUUGUGCAACAUCAGCACAUUGUAUCCAAUUUGGAAAGGUCACAUCAGAGUGAACUGAGCCUCAUCGCACAACAGACAAACAAGCUUCUUCACAAGCAAGAGCUCAGAAGAAAAAACAUUGAAUCCUUGCAAAAGAUGAAAGACCAAUAUAAAGCUGUCCCAUUUCCUUUCACAAGAACGAGGUUAGAUUUUAGCCUGGAUCUUGACAGUCUAGGCAGAAGAAGAACGAGAUGUAUGACCACAAGUGAAUAUGGAACUUGUUCCUCCAUUACAGAGAGCAUUGAAGUAAGAGAGCAUUUGUUCCUAAACAGAAAAGAUUCUCUUUCGAGUUUUCAGUCAUCUACAUCACUAGAUGAUGCUUUCAACAAUAAUUUGCCAGCAAAUCUGAAGCAGAGAAAGCUCUCAAGUGACAGUGGCAGCUCAUGUUUGAGUGAAAUCUCUGACAAUGACUGUUACAUCAAUGACUCUGACUUAGAGUCAGUUAUUGACCGACGUAGACACAUAACUUUAGGAGAUAUUUGUGUUAUCAUCCCAGAGGAAAAUAUCACCGGUCAUAUGCAGUCAGACUUUAAUCUUGAUGUUUUAGAGGAUAUGUCAUUUGCUCCUAAACUCAAGAGGCGGGAAGUGCUUGCUAGUGAAGUUAUUGAGAUGACACCACAUGGAGCAAAGUUUUACAAAGAUGAUCCAGCCAUCAUCAGUUUUCCGUUUGAUGUCAAAGUUGGCAGGUACGAUGUCGUCACCUGUCUUUGCAGCCACACUGGUAUUGGGCAGAGAACAAGGUGGGAAAUGAUGAAUCCAAAUGACUACAAGGUCUUCGCUUCUCAUGUAGAAAUCAAAGCCUACCAUUUCAGUCUUUUUGGGAUUGUGGUAGCCAAAGGCUACCCUGAAGCUCACAAGACCAUAAAAGCUGGUAUAGGCGGUUGUCUGUACAUACCUGAAGUCCCUGGAGUGGAAAUUCUCUUCCCAGAAACAUCGUUACUUCACGAUGUUGAAGCAUCUGUGAAGGUUCUUUAUGCCGAUGACCCUUAUGAUGUGGAUCACUCUGACCCAGAAACAUUAGCACUUGCUACGCCAGUCAUUCAACUUGGUCCUCAUGGCUGUUUGUUUAAUCUACAUUCUGCUGACUUUGUGACUGUGCGCCUUCCACUUCCGGAUGGCAAAGAGAUCUUAGAGAGGUAUGGAGACAGGCAGCUCACAUUUUGGUGUAGUUCUACAACAGAAGGAGAAGAUCUCCAGUGGCAACAGUUCCAUCCAAGGUUUUUCCACAUAGACACUGAUGACAGCACCCUAUGCUCUGUAUAUUUUUCGGUGGAACAUUUUUCUUUCUUCCGAGUUUUGUGGAACAUCAUUGAUACCAUCCUGUGGGAAGCAAAGCUAGGUGCUUCCAGUAUCAUUCCUGUGUUCCAAUUUAAUGUUUCCUUUCAAGCUCUGAUGUCAGAAGUGAGUGAGAAUGGGUUUAGGUUUGGCCUUUGUGUAGCGUGCUACAGAUUUGAUAAACCUUUGGAGGAUGUUGGUAACUUUCCUACUAUUGUUGGUAAAUGUAUUACACCAAGAUUGCUACGCACAGGAAAACUGCAAAUCAGGUUGGAAUCAGAUCAUUUCAAUGCAGACACCUCAAUUGGCAUAAAACAUCUUAUAGCUGUGGAGAACUUCACUGGCCGUCCAUUUGUGAUUCAGUUUGGAUGCCGAUUUAAGGGAGAGCCACCAUAUGGAAACUUUGGAAAUGUUUUUUUGGAGCAACAAUCAGAGUUUGGUGAUUACAAGCCAGUUUUAUCUUUCCUCUUAAAUAAGCCUCGUGAUGCUAAUGAUGCUGAUAGCUCUCUUGAUUGGGAAGUUCAGUUAACCAAGGAACUAACAAAUGUGCUUAGUAUCAAGCCUGAAACAGACAUGGGCGAUGAGGUGUGGCAUGAAGUUGCUGAACAACUGGGUUAUACCCCACGCGAGAUAAGCAAUUUCAGCGCAAAUGACAACCCAAUGGCAGCAGUCAUCACAGACUAUAAAAGACGUGGUGGAAUACCUCAUCAAUUCAUCACAGCUCUUUACAAAACUGGUUCCCCAGGAAAUGUAGUGAAACAGAAAAUGAAUAGCAACAGAAUGGGAUCAGCAAGGAUGGUGGAAGAAGACAUAUCAGAAAUGGAACCCAAAAUGUGCCCUUGUGUAAAGAAGAAUGCUCGCAAAAGGCGACUGCUUGAAUCUGUCAAUUGGGAAGAGAAAUUCCAUGACCUUUCACGACACAUUAGAGAAUGGAAACAGCUGGGCCGAGAGUUGGGUGUUGGUGAUACCAAAAUAAAAGAGAUCGAACACGACUGCCACAGGAAUAACGAUAGCUUGUAUGAAAAGGCUUAUCAAGUGCUUUUAGCAUGGCGAGAUUUGUGCCCAGAUCGUUGCAAUCUAAACACCCUUUCUGAUGCAUUAUGCAAAGUGGGGCUCGGUUAUGCUGCAAGAAAAUACUGUCUUGCUGUGGAGAUGGGUUGAUAUCAACCAUUGGGAAUCCUUAGACUUCAUGUAAAUUAUUUUUGUAAGUGCUGGUAAUCUGGUUUGUAGUGAGUAGAGGUUGCCAACUGU